CUUCCGUUUUGUAUACGAUUCCGGGCCCACGAUUCCGAGUCACUCAGUCAGAUCAUGGCACAGAGAAAAGCAUUAUCCUUCGGUUUCUCGAAAAAAGUUAACAGUAGAACACUAGAAAAAUCUCAGUUACAAGAGGACAGUGAAAAGGCGAGCGAAGAACAUCCAGAUUUCGUCACAUCUCUUGAAGAUCAAGAAGUGAAAGGAUCAUCAAAACCACAAGAAAUCAAACAGAAAGAGUAUGUCAUUCCUUUGAUAUCUAAAAACAAAUGGCGAAAACCUGAGAAAGAUGAAGGCAGGUCGAACAGUAACGGCGCUCCAGACACAGGCAGAAUAGACAACCAGGCAAUACAGGAACUCAUCGAAGAUGCAGCCAAACAAAAUGAUAACUGGGAUGACAGAGGCAAGAUUGAUCCUAGUCUUUCCAUUCCCCUGAUAAUGAGGAACAAAGUUCCAGAGGGAUAUGAGACUGAUGAUAAACUAGACGUCUCCCUACGACCUGACGAGGUUGAAGUUGACUAUGAGGAGAUACCUAUAGAACACUUUGGAGUGGCCAUGUUAAGAGGGAUGGGAUGGAAGGAUGGCGAAGGUAUAGGAAAAAGUAAACAGGCCAUCGCCCCAAUUGCAGCCCAGCUGAGACCAAAAGGCCUUGGCUUAGGAGCAGACAGAAGUAAAGCAGCGCAGGUCAACAAUGCCAAGGCAGGUGGAGGCAACAGUGGUGACAAGGAUGAAGAACAGUUGGAACUGAAAAUUGGGGCUUAUUGUAUGAUACAGAAGGGGCCACACACAGACCGUUACGGAGAGAUAAAAGGCCUAGACGAGGACAAUGCCCGCUGCAUGGUGAAGUUGGCAGUCAGUGGUCUCAUGAUCACAAACAGCCAGUACUCCCUAAAACUUGUUGACAAGAAAGAAUACUCAAAAUACUCAAAAUAUCUCAACAAAGGCAAAGUAGACAAAUAUAAGAAAGAUCAUGAAAAUAAUUCUGAGGAGCAUGAAUCUGAAAGUUGUAAACACAAGAAGGACAGACAUAGUAAAGAAGACAGACGAGAUAAGAAAGACAGAGAGCGACAUCGACAUCAUGAUGAUGAGAGAAACAGAAAUGAUGAACGGAAAGACAGACGGAAGGAGGACAGAAGGAACAGGGACCAGGGAUCAGAUAUGGAGACAGAUAAGGGGAACCAGAGGCUACAGGAGGAGGACCACCACGGGGACAGGAAACGAGAAAGGAACAGGGACCAAGAUUAUACCUCUGGUGCUAAAAAGAAACGACACAAUGAAGAGAGAUCUCAUCAUCCUGAUCAAUAUGGCAGCAACCACAGACAGAGUUCCCCAGCCUCAAUCUGGAUAUGUCCACAGCUACGGGUCAGAGUGGUCGAUGACAAAUACAAAAAGGGGAAAUACUUUAAUACAAAGGUUGAGGUAAUAGAUGUCUUGAGUCCAGAUAACUGUGUAUGCAGGACAGACAACGGCAGCGUACUUGAAGGCCUUUCACAGGAGAUGCUAGAAACUGUGAUACCCAAAUCAGAACCGUCAUUUGUACAGUUGGUAACUGGGAAAUGGAAAGGACAGUUAGCAGAAUUGAUGAAGCGUGAUAAAUCAAAUUGUAUGGCGGUUGUCCAGUUACUGCAAAACAGAGAUGAAGUCCUCAAAUUAUCCUAUGACAGCAUAUGUGAAUUUGUUGGAGACAUAAAUGCUGAAUUUGACUACUGACGGACACUGUUUACCAUUGUACCAAGUACAUUGUAUUUCACUAGCCAAUAUUGGACAGGUGAUUUCUUAAACAACUCAGGAUUGGUAAUUUGUGUUCGAAAUGUUAACAGUUAAAUAUAAUUGGAUCUACUCAGUCUCUUGAAUGGUAAUAAAAGACGUGAUGGUUAACAAACA